AUGACCAUAUCCCUCAAUCAGCAGGCGGCCAAAGCGAGAGACCCGGGGAACACGCGGGAGUCCUCAGCCCAAGAGAAUCAGGCUGUGCAAUCAGCAGCCUCGCGAUCACGCCAUGAUCUUCGGCAAGACGAGAACAUCAUAUCUCGAGAUAGGGCAGUAGAAGCGCCCACGGAGAAACUGAGCUUUGGUACUCACGAGGCGCACCUACCAGUAGCCAUAGUCAUACCAGCGCGACGAUGGUAUUUCAACGAUCUGAGCCAGAAGGUUGAGGCAAAGGUGCUUGGACAGCGGAUCGACCGUGCCGUUACAGCGAAGGCGAAACUAGCUGGGGCACUCAGAUCAGACAUAACAUCUGCAGCCUAUCUUUGCGACGCUUGCUAA